AUGGCUGUUAUGCAGGACCGUGAUAAGCUAUGCCCUUCAUGCAGUCUUAUUCCACCAGUCAAGGAAAUUGCCUCUGGCUAUGACGAAAACUGGUCUAGCUUUCAGCAAUUCAAGUCCUCCGCCCUUAAUGGUUGUCCACUUUGUAGUUAUCUUUAUAGUGGAAGUGCACGCAUCGCAUGGGAUACCCUCGAGGCAUCAGAGAACCUUGACCCCGGACCACCAUUUUCGUUCAAAUGGAAUGGCCACAACCCGUUAGUUCCGACCCAGAUAAAUGCAGACCCAAAUAUGCUAAUGGAGCAUACCCAUGGUUUCGACCAUCCCGUUCUGUACUCAAUAUUCGUCAGUCCGGAUGAGCCAAUAGCGAAAAACUGUCCCGCAAGAGCGAUCGAUCCCAGCCCGACGUCUGAUCAGGUCUUUGCUAAAAUUCAUGGAUGGAUUGCCUCAUGCUCCCGCCAUCACUCUUCUUGCCAUCCCGAUGAGGAUGCAUUGUUGCCUCGAUUUUCGAUCGAGAUUCAUAGUAAUGCCGACACAAAACCGAGUUUGCGGCUUUUCGAAAAUGACAAAUUUCUAAACAAGAAAGCUCUUUAUAUUGCGUUGAGCUAUAUUUGGGGGAUCAGACCUCAGCCAGUUCAACUGAUGAAAGAAAACAUCCAGAAAUUGAAAGAUUCAAUCGACUACGAUGAACUACCCAAAACAAUACAGGAUGUCAUACAGGUUGCUCAAGGUCUUGGUGUGCAAUAUGUGUGGGUCGAUGCCCUCUGCAUUGUCCAAGAUGACGGCGACUUCAAGAAAGAGCAGAUCGGCCAAAUGAAAAACAUUUAUGGAAAUUCCUACUUGACGGUACAGGCAGGGAAUGUGAAGACUGUCAAAGAAAGCUUUUUGAGAACCCGGAGCUCUCCAAGGCCAUUCAAGCUCAAAUACGACGACGAAAGCCAUGUUUACCUGAGAGGAUAUACCCCAAGUCGCGUAGCUGGUGGAUCAGCACGAACAAGAGCUUGGGUAUUCCAAGAGUCCGUUCUACCAAACCGACUGCUAGUGUACGGGGAACAUCAGAUUAUCUUUCAAUGUAGAGAAGAAAUUCAGUAUGAAGACGGUCUACGAACAAACUCAACCAAUAUUCGCCAUUCUGAAACGCCAAUGUUCUUAAAGCCUGGAGAUUGGCGAAAGUACAUUGGUGCAAGAUUGGCUAAACCUAGCCCUCCUCCCGAUCGACGACUGGACUUUCUCUCAACAUGGUACUCAGCAAUUGACGAUGUAUACACAACUCGGAUGCUCACCUAUACCAGCGAUCGACUACCCGCGAUCAACGGUAUCUCCCUCCGUCUCCAGGAAGAGAUCGGAGGGCGGUAUGUGGCGGGCAUCUGGGAGUCCGAUUUACCGUGGGGCUUGCUGUGGGAAUCAAAGAACUCGUGGCGCUACCCGGUCGGUGGAGCUGGACCAACAGUAUGGAAGAUGAGGAGGCCGGAAAAUACACGCGCUCCCUCAUGGUCUUGGGCCGCCGUGGAUGGGUCCACGAGACACAAAUUCUGGAGGCGGCAUAAUGAUACAAGGGAUGAUGAAAUUCCCGUGGCGUCAGUCUGUAUGGACUCUUACGAGGUGGAUAUCGCGGGAGAGAUCGUCAACAGCGAUGGAAUGCUGCAGAUCAAUGCUCCACUGAUUUACACUUCGGUAGUUCGCAAAACAGAUUCGCGAUACAAGGGUUUAAGGACAAGCGCAAAUAUGAAAUUGGGCUAUGAGUUCCCAGCUUUGCUGUGGGAUACUCCGAAAGAAAGAUGCGGCGGACUGGAAGAGCUUGCCCCUGCAAGCCUAGGAAACGAGGAGCGGGCUAUUGCUCUUGCAAAUUUUGACAUUGAGGAUGAACAAACUGCCUAUCCCGGCGUUUGGUGUGCUCUCAUUUGUCGGUCUCAAGCGUUGAUGCUUGAAUGCCUUGACGAGAAGAAAAGAAUAUUCCGACGAUUAGGCGCGGGUCAUGUUAUACCUGAAAUUUGGCCUUAUUCUGCCACCGAGAAGGCCCGAGUUGAUAUUUUGUUAAUUUAG